UGGCGUUUCUGAAAAAUUUCCAGAGCAUAGUCUCUUGAGCGUAAUCUUAUCAGCCCAAAAUUUGUAAUUUGCUAAUUAUUAGUCUAAUAGUUUAAAGAUGUGGUAUAUUAUUUCGCGUGCAUUUAAUAUCGAAUCCAUACGCGUUAGUUACCUUCGGUGUUUAAUGGGCUCGAAUGGCGUAUCGUGAAACCACCUAUGUUCACUGGCACUUUGAAAAUUAAAUUAUGUGAAGCUUGCGGUUUGAGACCCACCGAUUACCAGAAAAGACACAAUGUAACAUUUGGCAAACUAGACGAUCAACCGAUCGAUCCGUACGUCACGAUCGAUGUGGACGAACAACACUUACAUCGAUCAAGCACCAAGCAGAAAACCUUCGAUCCUGUAUGGAACGAAUCGGUUGUACAGGAGGUACAUAAUGCUAGUUACCUGGAACUGACCGUAUUUCACGAUGCUGCUAUACCGCCCGAUGAUUUCAUCGCUAAUUGUACCAUUACAUUCGACGAUCUGCUUCAAAAAGAAAAGGAAACGCCAGAUUUUUGGGUUGAUUUGGAACCUCAAGGGAAACUGCAUUUAAAAAUCGAACUAAAAUGGAACUCAUCGGAACAAGUAUCAAACCAGAAGCCGAUGGAGUUCAAAGAACGUCAAGGCUUCAAUCGUCGUCGAGGGGCUAUGAGAAGACGAGUACAUCAAUUCAACGGACACAAAUUUAUGGCCACAUUCUUGAGACAGCCUACGUUUUGUUCGCAUUGUCGCGAAUUCAUCUGGGGUUUAGGAAAACAGGGUUAUCAAUGUCAAGUAUGUACGUGUGUGGUUCAUAAACGAUGCCAUAGAUCUGUUUUGACUAAAUGUCCUGGAAUGAAAGAUGAGCAAAUGGUCGAUGAUAAAUCUCAGCGAUUUAGUGUUAACGUUCCACAUCGAUUUGUUGUCCAUAGUUAUAAACGGUUUACAUUCUGCGAUCAUUGCGGGUCUUUGUUGUAUGGCCUGAUUCGACAAGGGUUACAAUGCGAAGUUUGUAGUAUGAAUGUCCAUAAACGAUGCCAGAAAAACGUAGCGAAUAAUUGCGGAAUAAACGUCAGACAUUUGGCUGAACUUUUGGAUGAAAUUGGAAUUUCACCUAGUCCUGGAACUAAGGGAUCAAGCAGCGUCGGCGGUCCACCAUCAAAUUUACAAAGCAGUACAUCUCCGGUGGCAUCUGAUGAAAAUGCUUUAUUAUUCGAUCAAAGACGAGUGACCGAUGAUGAUAGGCAGGCUGACAGCUCAGAAAGAGCAGUGAGUCGUAGCGGAUCCAAUGGCGGUGACCGAAAACUAGGAGUUGAUGAUUUUCAUUUCUUAAAAGUACUCGGCAAAGGAAGCUUUGGUAAAGUGAUGUUAGCAGAGAAAAAGGGAACUGACGAAGUUUAUGCCAUAAAAGUUUUGAAAAAAGAUAUCAUCAUUCAAGACGACGAUGUCGACUGUACCAUGACUGAGAAGAGAAUAUUAGCUUUGGCCGCCAAGCAUCCUUUCCUCACUGCCUUGCAUUCCGCCUUCCAAACUAAGGAACGUUUGUUUUUUGUAAUGGAAUAUGUUAACGGAGGCGAUCUAAUGUUUCAAAUUCAAAGAUCUCGAAAAUUCGACGAACCCAGGGCCAGAUUUUACGCGGCCGAAGUUACGUUAGCGUUGCAAUUUCUGCAUAGACACGGUGUCAUUUACCGGGAUUUGAAGCUGGAUAAUAUUUUAUUGGAUAACGAGGGACACUGUAAAUUGGCUGACUUCGGUAUGUGCAAGGAAGGUAUCAUCGACGGCGUAACUACUAGCACAUUUUGCGGUACUCCAGAUUACAUCGCUCCUGAGAUAUUACAAGAGUUGGAUUACGGAGCUAGUGUCGAUUGGUGGGCAUUGGGUGUGCUAAUGUACGAAAUGAUGGCUGGCCAGCCACCCUUCGAAGCUGAUAACGAAGAUGAUCUGUUCGAGUCCAUUUUACACGAUGAUGUACUCUAUCCGGUCUGGUUGGGUAAAGAAGCCGUGUCCAUAUUGAAAGGCUUUAUGACCAAAAAUCCUAGCAAAAGAUUGGGUUCUGUAGCGUCACAUGGAAUGGAAAAUGCUAUAAGGACUCAUAUCUUCUUCCGCGACAUCAAUUGGGAAGCGUUGGAAGCUCGAAAAAUCAAACCGCCAUUUAAACCGAAAAUCAAAAGCAAAAAAGACGCCUUGAAUUUCGACACCGAAUUCACCAAAGAGGAACCCGGUUUGACACCCAUUUCAGCUGACGUCGUUAAAUCCAUCAAUCAAGAAGAAUUCCGUGGCUUCUCGUUCACAAAUAUGGACUACAAUCCUUCAAAAUUCAGUAAUUUCGCAGCGUAAUCUCACGUCUCGACGCUUGGAAUUCAAAAGUUGCAAAAAAAAGAAAAAAAACUAGUACAGCAAUGCUGUAUUAUUCGUUGCAUUUAUAAAAGUAACUUAAGCACAAAACAUACCCUCCGUAAAUCUGAAUUUUAUUUUCGCCCAUUCGUAGUAAUUACUAAUUAGCUUCGUUGCUUCGGUCUAAAUAGUAUAAUUUUUUUUUUAGUUGUGAGGAAAAAAUGACCAAAAAAAAGCCAACAAACUUAUCCCAAUAGCAUUGGAUUAAUUAAUUCGCGAACAAAUAUUUGUAAAUAAAAUUGACAGACUUGAGACUGAGUAUCUGUGUUUUAUAAUAAGCGCAAUACUCCGGUGAAAAAGUAUGAUUUUUCGAUACGAGCGUAUAGAGAUUAGAAAUAAUGUUUCUAACAUGAUUCAUCGUAGUUACAGUGCCUUGCUUGUGUACUAUUAAUUUCGUACGACAUUUAUAGUAUAGUUUGGACGUGUCAAUGAAUGAACGAAUUGCAAAGAAAAAAACCCCAUUUUAUAAGUAUCGACAGCCGUAUUCGCGUUUUAAAGUUAACAAUCCAUUAACUGCUUUUCAUGUUCGCUGAAUUUAUUUUUUUGUUUUUCGUAAAACCAUUAGACCCGUUGUGCCCUGAAAAGAUCCGACGAAUGGAAUUUACGAACUCUCAUUGCAUCGUACCGAGCCCCAGAUUGGCUGGAAAUUACCCGCUUUGCUCAAUUUUCUUGCACAUUUUCGUUGAAUAUUGUAUCAAAAUUGCAAAAAAUUUGACCCUUUUUUCGGCUGGACUGUGGUUCGAUUUCUCGCGGGCACUAAAGGGUUAAAACAUCACGUUGUAUGAAUUUUUAAUUAGAACGUCACAUUUCGUUAUACAAAUUAAGAUUUAGUUAAUCGACGAAAAUAUUAGCUUUUAAGUGUUUUAGUAAUCGAGAUUCGUUUGCUGCAUUUUUUUUGGGGGGGGAGGGGUAUUUUGUUUUUCUCGCGUUAACUCGACAGUAUUAUUUUGUUCGCUUUCUAUGCUUUCAAUGUUUUCUCUCUCUCUCUUUUUCUCGUACCUACUUUAUUUUUCUAUUAUUUAUUUUUAACGUCAAUUUAUCAAAAAUGAAACGUAUUAUUUGCAUUUUUUUUCUUCUUCAAAAAAUCUCUUGUUCGACGAAUGACGCACAUCAUUCAUUAGUCUGACUUUUUAUCUUAUUUUUUGCUUUUUUUAUUUCGUUUCUAGUCUUGUGUUUUUGUUUUUAUUAUUCUACUAUUUGUAAUGUUCAACUUACCUAGUCAUUUAGUUUUUGUAUAUUCCAAUUGUGUAAUUUUAACAGAUUUUAAUUUUAUAGUAUUAAGAUUAUUAAGCCAGUCGAAAGAUAAUUUUCGCAUUUAUUAAAACGAGAGAACCUAUAGAAUGAUUUGUCCAGAAAAAAAAAACGAAGACGGAUGUUCUAGAUAGUAAAAGGGAUACUCGCGUGCUCCUUUUUUCAAUAGGUAUCUAGUACGUUCGUUCCGUUCGUUCCGUCCAUCAUAUCGUACAAUUGCGUUAUUUAAGGUGUAUUUUAUUGUGUAUUGUAGGUGUGCCGGAGUGUGCGAAGAUGAAAUAGAAGAGAGAAUUUAUUGGACAAGGUGUGUUUGGGCCGGAGGGGCGGAUAAAUUAUUAUUAUGUAAAUAUGUAUGUAAUUUUUAUCUUCUUCUUCGUUUGUUUGGUUUUAUUUCCUUUCGUUUUCGAUUUACGACUGAAGCGCACACAAAUAUUGUACCGAAGAUACGAGAAGGUAUCGUUAAAUGUGUUUUAUUAAUUUACCAUGAAACAAAAAUUAUUAAGUAUAAAGAUAAUUUACAUAAAAUGCACAUUCGUUAGUACAAAUUGACAAAUUUUUCGUAUUAGACCAAUAAUUUUAAAAUAGGUAAUUUUUCGCCUUGUUUCGCGUCGCGUCGCUUUUAUCGUAAUUUAUUUAGUCGAUGUUUUAAGCUAUAGUAUGUUCGGUCGAUACGUGAGAGUGAACAAAUGUUGUGAUUUUAUUUCCCUACCUGAGCGUCAUCCCGUCAUGAAUUUUGUUUUUUAUUUCAUUUUUUCUUCAUCUUUCUUCGUUAAUGGACGAACUUGCAGAAUUGGCUAAUAAUUUGUGUGUUUUAUUUUAUUUUAUUUUUUUGUUCUAUUUACGAAAUUUUGAGGUCAAGUACCAUACCAUAUAAUCACUUCUAUGUGUUAAUUAGUUGAGUUUUUGUUUGUGUUUUAUUAUGAUUUUUUUUUUUUUUUUUGGUUCGCAUAUUUAAUACUCAGAUGUGUUAUACUUAAUGUUUAUUUUACCUCUGUAUCGUUGAGUUUUUAGUUUUGUUGUGUGUAAUUUUAAUUUUUUGUGUUAUUUGUAAUGAACGUAAUGUUAGUAGCGCCGAAAUUGCUGAGUGAAGUGAUGAGGAGUGCUUGAGGAGAGUCUGCUUUUGAUGUUGUUGAUUAAAAAAAACUAAUGCUUAAAGUUGACAUCGUUACGAAAAGAUCAACUUUCACCGUUUGCAAAAUUUCUGAGAUAAGCUUGAAAAAUUUGCUAAAAGAUUGGAAUGGAAAUAUUUUUUAUUUUUUCAUUUCUGACAAUUUUUAUGAUUUUUUUUGGUCGUAGGAAACGAUUCUCCGAAGUUUUGGGAAAGAGGUGAAGAGAGCGUGGAAAAGUCCCUGAAUUUUGAUCAAAUUUUUUGUCAGAGGAAAGAGUGAAGAGUAGGAGAAGGAGGCUAGAAAUGUGUAAAUUUUGAUCGAAUUUUGAAAAAAAAAAUCUUCAUGACGCAGUGUUGAAAUAAUACAUUUUCGAUGAUACUGAUAUAGAUUUUAAACUCGAGUUUGUGAAUUCAACUCAUUAACCCCCACCACAUGAAAGUUUUUCGAGGAGAAAAAAGAAGGAGGGAGUAGGAUUCUGUAUGUAUUUAAAAGAAGGUAAUGUUUCUUGCGAUGGAAUUACUUACCUGACAUUUAGGUUUUAUUUUGGUUUAUUCAUUUGUUUUCGAUAGACUUCUUCAAUCUUUUAUACUUUAGAUAUCAUGUGGCGAUUAAUGUCACAGAUUCUAAUUACUUACUGUGUUUUAAUUUUUUUUUUCGAAAUAUCUACUUCCUACAUAAACUCGCUGAACAAAGUAUAGAAAAAAAAAUGAAAAAAAAUUCCUAUUAACGAACUUAUCGCAACGAACAGUUUUAUUACUCAAUAAAAAUAUAGCACCUCAUUUUCCUAUAUUCGAACCAGAUGUGAUGUGUACAUUGUACAAGAUCCUCCUAUACGUAUACUUACGAAACAUAGAUAAAAAUCGUUUAUUUAUACAAUAUUUAUACUUACACGUACAAUUUUGAACCUCGCAGUCUUCAAAAAAACUAUCGAUAUUGUUUCGCACAAAUAACCUAUAGAUACUCGAAUUUUGUUCAUUGGUUUGGUUUUGUUACCAUAUUCUCGCCUGGCAAAAACUCCUCUUCCUGUUACCAGGUUCUGUUACCUAUCUCGUCAUAAACCACAUCUAUGGUACUAGAACAAUUCGCAUAUUUUUAGUGAAAAAAAUAAUAAUUAUAAUAAAUUGCACAAAAAUCCAGUACAAAGCGCAAAAAUGCUGGAAAAUCUCGCGCAAUGAACGGUUUGUUUAAUUUAUUUUUUUGAAAUUUUACUCCUAUUUUCAUACCUAUACCGUACUGUAGACAGUAUUAAACCGAACAAUAUGAUAGAACAUUCUUAAGAACAAAUAUUUAUUAAGAUUAAUUAUAGAGAAAAUUUGUUUUUAAGUUUCAAAUGCUUUUUUUUUAAUCGGAAAAAAUAAUUGAGAUAAUGAGAAUGAGAUUCUAUACAAUAUUCUAGUCCUGACCUACAAUUUUUUUAUUUUUUUGAGAAUUCGUUAACGUACUUGUACUAUAUUGGAUGUUACCUUGCGAUGAAUAUUCGAAUAGCUCGGAAAAUUGAUUGUUGAAUUGUUUCAAAUUUUAAGUGCAUAGUAUGUAGGUAUGUAGAUUUUUACCAUUUAUGGCACAUCCCCAUGAUCAGCAGGGUUUUAUUCGCGUUUAUUUACCUCUCGAAAUCACAUACUAGAUAACGAUUUCAUAAUCGUGUGGAAAUUGGAGUAAGUACUUACCUACAUCGUACGAUGAUGUAUUCAAUUGGAUUGGAAUACUUAUAGCCUAUACAGGUAGUUAGAUACUUAUCCGAAUAACGCAGAUGAAAUGCUUGAAUUGAUAUUGUUUUUUGUUUGUUUUUAAUUUUACUUGAUUUGUUUUUUGUUUCGUUGAUACUAGUGAUUGUAUUAUUAUUAAAAAGUGAAUUCCAUGAUACCAGUAUGACCGUAGUUCACAAUUUCUCUAUGUAAUAAACUCCUUUAAUAAAGAAUGUGUUAUAAUAAUGCUUUA